AUGCUCGCCCUCGAACCCGUCACAGAAGCCGACCUCCCCGCCAUUACAGACCUGUGGUACUCCGCCUUCGGCCCGUCAGGCUUCCUCGAACUCAUCCCCGACACCCCCAACAUCCGCGAAUGGUGGAACUCAGCCAAUGGACACGACUUGCUCCACAAACCCACCGCCUAUUACUGGAAAGUGGUCGACGCCGCGCACCCGUCGAAACCGCUCGUCGCAUACGCAAAAUGGGAUCUGGAGAGCGCCGAGGAGCGCGGGGAUCGGUUCCCGCCGUGGCAUGCGGAGAUGAAUAAGAAGGGAUGUGAUGAUUUGUUUGGAAAGUUGGAGAAGCAGAGGAGUUUGUUGUUGGGUGGGACCAAGAAUUAUUAUUUGGACAUGCUCUGCACGAACCCCAGUUACCGUGGUCGAGGCGCGGGAUCGAUGCUUGUGGCUUGGGGUUGUGAACAGGCGGAUAAGGAUCGCGUCGCGGCGUAUGUGGAUGCGAGUCGUGAUGGACGCCCGUUGUAUGCGCGGCAUGGGUUUGAGGAUCGGACCAUUGAUGAGCACAGGGCCGAGGGAAUCACUUGUAUGGUGAGGGAGCCAAGGUCGUGA